AUGAAUUUUAGGGCAGCGGGGAUUUUUAGGGCUACAGCGAUGGAGGCCUCCAAGCUCGUGCUGCGCCGGGCGUUCGCGAGGUCUGCGUCCUCCGCCAAGCGCAGGGUAGUGAUUCUGGGUGCCAAUGGAGGGAUCGGCCAGCCGCUAUCGCUGCUCAUGAAGCUCAGCCCUCUCGUGUCGGAUUUGGGCUUGUAUGACAUUGUGGGCACUCCUGGCGUCGCCGCGGAUGUCAGUCACGUCAAUUCCAGGGCACAGGUGGCAGGCUUUGCAGGAGAGGAAAAUCUUGGAAAAUGCCUCAAGGAUGCAGAUCUCGUCAUUAUCCCAGCUGGAGUUCCUCGCAAGCCGGGAAUGGAUCGGGAUGAUCUUUUCAACGUAAAUGCUGGUAUUGUCCAAACGUUGUGUACCGCUGUUGCGAAGAACUGCCCCAAGGCGCUGGUGAAUAUUAUCAGCAAUCCCGUGAACUCGACAGUGCCUAUAGCAGCGGAGGUGUUUAAGAAAUCUGGGACUUACGAUCCCAACAGAUUGUUUGGCGUUACUACGCUUGAUGUCGUGCGAGCAAGGACGUUCUUGGCGUCAGCGAAGAAGCUCAAUCCAUCUGAGGUUGAUCUUCCUGUCAUUGGAGGUCACGCUGGCGCCACUAUCUUGCCGCUUUUCUCUCAGGCAAGUCCCAAAGUUUCCUUGUCAACAAAAGAGCUCGAUGCUCUAACCAAGCGGACACAAGACGGUGGCACGGAGGUUGUCAAGGCGAAAGCAGGAAAAGGCUCUGCGACGUUAUCCAUGGCAUAUGCUGGAGCUCUCUUUGCCGAGGCCUGUUUAAAGGGAUUGAACGGUGUUAAUAACGUGAUAGAAUGCACGUACGUGGAAUCGUCAGUAGUUCCCGGGUUGUCGUUCUUCUCGUCCAAGGUUCGGUUGGGGAAAGAGGGAGUGGACGAGAUUUUAGAGCUAGGAAGCCUCUCAGACUACGAACAAAAGGGACUAGAAGCGAUGAAGGAUGAAUUAAAGAAGUCGAUCGAGAAAGGCCGGAAGUUUGUGCAGAGCGGUGGUGGUGGUGGCGGAGGAAAGAAAAAGAAGAAAUAAUCUGCCCCGUGAUCACACACAUACAGUGUACAGAUAGUUCGUUUGCGAUGAUUUCUUUUGAUAUUUCUGGGGAUUCCAUUCUCUUGGCAUGGCCACGCUUUCAGGUACUUAGAUUUAUACUUGUGGAGAUUUUGAAAAACGGUCUAUUGGUUUUCUCUUUUUA